AUGACUUCAAAAACGACUGCCAGCCGAUAUACUGUCGUGCCUCCAACCAUCAUCAACUUUCAAGAUGAUGAUAGCAAUGAUUCAUUUGUGAUUGAAUAUUCAAUUCAUAAAUGUCCUAAUUUAUUGAAAUCCGAUAUGAAGAAUAUAUUUCCAAAGAUGAAACAACAUUUUGACAAGUACCAAUUGUACAUCAUUCCUACAUUUCAACCAGUUUCAUGCUCCUUGUUUGUGUUUGAUGAAAACAGUGAGAAGGAGAAGGAUGACAAAUUGAAACGGUUCUUACGGUUCAGUGAAAAACUAAAAACCUUUAUCGAACAACAAUCAAUGAAUGAUUCAAAAAACGAUUUAAUGUGGUGUGAUUAUACAGACCCUGUGACAGGAUAUCCUGUACUUUCCGAUAGAGGAGGAAUGCUCUACAGUGAUACUCAUUUCACAUCCUUUGUGGAAAACGCAAGUUUAUCCUGCAACCUUUUUUACCACCUGUCCUCCUGA